GCGGCAGCAGGUGGAGGAGGCAACAUGCUGCACAGAUUGCGCUUCGCGCCUCUGCGACUACAUCGUUUUCUACAGAGAGCAGCUGGCAUCAGGGUGCAACGGUCACUUCAAAGCAGCCUCUUCCAGUUGUUUCUGCUCCACGACGACCAUGCUCUGAAAUAUAUAUAUUUUUUUCUACUUCAUCGUUGUCUAACAAUGGCAAAAUAUCGACAAUGUUGAAGUAUUGAGGACGUCUACCUGACAACUUGUGCUGACAGGGUAGGCUUCGUUUGAAGUAUUUUUCGAAGAGUACAGAAUGCGCGUCCCUCCGCCGUUGGACCACGGAGAGACAUCGGCGGACUGAACUUACCAGUGACUGUUGGAUAAAUGACUGAUCAAAGUCUCUUUGACUUCAGGGGACAGAGCCUGCGGCUGAAUGGGCAAUGAACGUGGCCGGCAAGCACCAACCUGAUAUUAUUGAGCGACCAGCUAGUCUCUUAGUGCCAACAUGGACAAAAUCCGGCCUUGCCCUGGUGUAUAAUGAAGAUAGUGGUAAUACCUAUGAUAUCCGUCUAAAGCUGUCGAAAGAGAUGCUAACCUUACAGAAACAGGAUGUGGUCUGUGUGCAUGGAGGGGACCCCCACUUAAAUCACAGAACUGUUGUACUUCGAAGACAGCCGACUGGAGGUCUCGGACUAAGCAUCAAAGGGGGUGCUGAACACAAAGUGCCUGUGGUUAUUUCAAAGAUUUUUAAAGAUCAAGUAGCAGACCAGACAGGGAUGCUGUUUAUCGGUGAUGCCAUGUUACAGGUUAAUGGCAUCAACGUUGAGAAAUGCACUCAUGAAGAAGUGGUUCACCUUCUGCGUACGGCAGGAGAUGAAGUCACGCUCACUGUUCGGUACCUCAGGGAAGCUCCAGCUUUCUUAAAGCUGCCAUUAGGCUCUCCAGGACCUUCCAGUGAUGACAGCAGCCGAGCGUCCUCCCCUCUCUUUGACAGUGGUUUACAUUUAAAUGGGAAUUCAAGCAACACGGCCCCGUCGUCGCCCUCCUCGCCCUCGGCUAAUGAACCAAAGUAUGAGAAGCGCUGGGUGGACGCAGUGUCCCUCCCUCUGGCCAUGGCCCGGGUCUCCAGACACAAAGCCGGAAGCCAUAAAUUAAGGUCCAACAGUUUUGAAGUAUUUGCCUUAGAUGGAUCAUGCACCAAUGUUCUACAGUUUUGCACAGCAGCAGAAAGCACAGACUGGCUUCAAGCAAUAUCAACCAACAUUAACGAUUUGACACACGAGAAUAUAAAAAUGGCCAACCAGGGCUUCUCUCCUGAUGAUCAAAUCAUCCAUAUGGGUUGGGUCUGUGAGCACCUCCAGUCACUCCAGUCAAGCGACGCCAGCCAGACUCACAGCUACAAGUUCCUGGCUCUCAAAGGAUCCUCCCUCUACGUCCUCAGGAGUCCGCCUGUCAGUAUGUCAGACUGGGCUCAGGCCGAAGCGACCUUCAACCUCUGUGAGGUUCUCUUUAAAGUUCACAAGCUAUGGAUUGCGGAGGACUGCUGGAUCCAGGCGAAGCUGUAUCUGGGCUUGCAGCAGGACUGCGAGCUGCGGGACAACGAGCCGUUCUGCUUCAACGUGCUGGUGGGCCAUGGCCAGAGCCACUCCUUCAGCGUGGAGCUGGGCUCGGACCUGGCGCUUUGGGAGAAGGCUUUCCAGAGGGCCGUGUUCGCCGAAGUGCGCCGAGUGGGAUCGAAGACAUACAUGUGCAGCAGUCAUGGGAGAAUACUGUGUUUCACCAUCGACUUUGACGCCGGCUUCUCUUGCUCAGAGAGCAUAUCAAAGAAAAUCCUUUGGAGGUACAAGUUCUCCCAGCUAAAAGGCUCCUCUGACGAUGGCAAGACGAGAGUGAAACUCCUCUUCCAAAACUCGGAAAACAAACAAAUCGAAAUGAAGGAGUUGGAAUUUGCCAACCUGACGGCAGUGCUUCAUUGCAUACAUUCCUUCAUUGCCGCCAAAGUGGCCUCGGUGGAUCCCGUCUUCGUCAACAAUCAAAGCAUCACCAGGAAAUACAUGGGCAACAGCUAGAGAGUGUUUUCAUGUACAUGUGACAUCCUUUCUCCUAAGUCGACUGACUAUUUUAUGCACAAAUUCUAUAGAUAUAUUUAGUUCUUGUUAUUUUUAUAUGACUUGUAAAAUAAGAUCAAUAUGUGAAAGAAACAAACCUUUUAGGGUAGAGGAUAUUUUGACAUGCAUCAACUAAUAAUUUGGUACUGACUUUUUUUUCCCUUUCACCAGUCUGCUCCAAAUGGUGGUCAUGUAGCAUAGCAAAUAUUGACACAAACUUGGUCAGAUGAUUACUGAGAGCAUGUGUUGCAUUUAACAAUUAAUGAAAGACACAAAAGCUAAACCUGAAAAUGUGAACAGUCUGGGUGGUGAAUUUAAAGACUUUUUUGGAAAAAAUGGAAAGUCUCUGUGUACAUAUGGAUUGUCCAUACCUUAUGUAUUUUGUUCGGAUUUCUCAGAGUGGUGUUCUCCUUGUUUUAUUUUUAUUUAGUGACAUUAAUGACUUUGACACUUAUUUCAUCAUUCGAAAAUGCUGUUUGUUUUUUUAGUUUUCAAUUGAAAAGUGAAAGUAUGUUUCUGUGUAUGUGAGAGUUCCCCUGCAAGUGUGCAUGUAUGGAGAGUAUGCCCACUAGUAUAUUAAUAUGUCAAAUAUACAAACGCAAGCAACACAGUAUUUUAAUUUCACACAAUUCCAUUUCCAUGAGUAUUAUGCAUUGAAAAGUCAUGGAAGAAAUAUUUCACCUCAAAACCCAACAAAAUUUAAUAAAGUAUGAUAAUGCGUCUUUCAUGUGUUCAUAAUAUCCAGGUGUAAUUUAACAUAAUCCUGAAAUCCUGGGCCAAAGCAAAAGGAAAUUACCAGUUUAUUUAUGAGUAAGAUUUCAAAGAUGUAAAUGUAAGGAUAUCAGUGCUUUCAAAAAUGUUCCUGUCACACAGGUGUCAACGCUGUGCUUGCAUAGAGCGGAAAGUAAUUUUAUUUUAUUUUCCUUAUUAACCCUGCGUCAGUUAAUGGAUCUUUCUCUCUUUUCAGUGUGUGUUAAAGCUCUUCAUUCGAUCCCAGCCCAGAUCAAAAACAGACUAAUAGCACUUUCUCAAACCUCAUUAGCCCAAUCUCCUUCAUCAAAGAAGCAAUUCAGUGGGAGACUAAAACACAUUUGCAUGUAUGGUUUGUGUAAAAGUUAUAUGAGAGAAAGCAUCAAUCUUUGUUUCCCAGUUAGAGGUGCUUUUGUCUGACAUUAUUUCAGCAGUUUGAUAUUUGCAUUUUCCCUAACGAAAGCAUUCUUUCAUAGCCACAACUUAAAUGGAAAUUAUGGAAUUCACAUCAACAUAUCCUAUGUUAAUGUUAAUUCCAUUACCUUCCGAAAAUAAUUCAGAUGUUCCAACUGAAAAAGAAAACUGCUUCCUCUAGUGAAAAUUCUUUCUCUAUUAGUUAUAUUCUUCAAUCCUCUCGCUUCCUCCAAGGAGGGAGAAAGACAUGGAUUUACUUUUUGAUGCAGCUGAACUAUUAAAAAUCAGAGUGUUCUUGACACUUGGUGAAGUACUGAAUUCUUCAUUUGACUUGGAAGACCCCUAAGAAUUGGCUCAUUAGUUACUGACUAAGCCAUUAAUUACUCAGUGAAUAUUUUACCACCUUCUUGGAACUG